AUGAACUGCUGCAUUAAACUAAAAGACGUAAUGCAAAGGGGAGGGAGCACAAGAGUAAGACUUCUCUGUGAUAGUGAAUUUCUGAUGGAAAGGACAAGGAAAAUAACGGAAGUGGUAUUCUUGGAUACAGAACUCAAACUUGAAAUAUAUGACAUGGAUAGAUGGAAACAGAAGGUGUUAAACAACAUGGAAGGAUGGGCUGUAGCUGCGAGAAAGCAGAAACGGAACUUCGAAACCCAAGCCCUGGUCAUACAGGCAAAGGGAAAGAAGUACGAAGACCUGUUAAAAGAGGUAAGAGGGAAGUUCAAAGCCGAGGAGGUUAAAAAUUAUAUAAGAGAUCUCAAAAGAAUCAGGAAUGGGGACCUUCUGAUUACAUUAAACAGAAAUGAGGACCCAGAGGGACUCAAAAGUAUAUCAAAGAAGUGGGACGAAGACUCCAUUAAAAAUGCCGGAGACAAUAAAAUACCAAUAUACAUACAGGACAUAGACGCUAUCACCACCCAGGAAGAAGUUGAGGCAGCAAUAAAAACCUUAGUCGAGGGCGCCAAAAUAAAAGUUAAACCAUUGAAACAAAUUGCAGGAGGCAGACAAACGGCAAUGGUAAUGGUGGACGAGGAAAGUGCCAAGGAAAUUUUAAAAGAAAGACAUUAA